AUGGCAGCCAAAUCUACCACAUUAACAACACUUUUACGGCUCUUUUAUGUCUGUAGCCUGGUUCAAUAUGCAGUUUCACAAAGGCCCACUACGCCCGAUAUCAGGAUACCGCCAAUCUCAGACAAUCGUACGAUAUCAAUCGUGAAUAACUGUAGCUUUCCAGUCUAUCCUGCCGUUUUAACAACAAACGGUACGGGUCCGUAUACCACGGGCUUCUACCUCCCAAGCAAACAAAGCCGUAACGUAUGGGUCGGCUGGGAUUGGUCUGGUCGCCUAUGGGCUCGCACGAAUUGCAGCUUCUACCUUGCAAACUCAACUACAUCCGUCAAAAUCCGUGACGUAGUCGACAAUUUUACCAUUCCGGAUGGUCAAAAGCUUGCAGGAAACUGCCUAACAGGCGACUGUGGCUCGGCAAUCGAGUGUCAACUCUCAGGGCUGGCUCCAACGACCCUUGCGGAAUUUACAAUGACGGGAUGGAUGCAACAGACAUUCUAUGAUAUCUCACUAGUUGAUGGAUACGAUCUCGACAUGAAGAUUACACCCUUUCACGAUAGCCCUGAAAAACCCCGGGUCAAUAAUACACCUAUUUGUGUCGCCUCUACUACCCUUUCUUCGGCUUUAGCAGGCACAGAUCUUUACCAAAACUCGCUCAACGAAUCAUUUAGCUUCAACAACAUCCACCGCUGGUGUCCACGACAAAACUUACUUUUCACCUCCCAGAAGGGUAAACAAUCCGUUUUCCCCUAUCCUGAUGAUGAUGACCCGACUAUUGGUGGAGGUUGGACACCGUGCCUGUCAGCAUGCGCAUAUACACAAAGUGAAUGGGACUGUUGCACAGGUAAACACGAUAAAGCUGAGACUUGUGGGCCUAAUCUAUAUAGUAAGCGGGCAAAACAAGUAUGCGGGGAUGCGUAUAGUUAUGCCUAUGAUGAUUACUUGAGCACGUUUGCUGUACCUAGCGUAAAAGGAGAGGGAUUUGAGGUUAUGUUUUGUCCGGGUGGCGUUAGUACGAACAUCUUGAAGACAUUGCUGGGUAGCGGAAGUAGUAGUGGGCUGCAAGACUUGGGAAGGGGGUUAUGGGUAUCUUUCGCUGUUGUUCUCGGGCUUUUGCCCUGGUUCGGUUUGAUCUGA